AUGCCCCGCUGCCUGGACACCGACCUGCUCUGGGAGUUGCUGGACUUUGAGGCGUGGCACCUUCGAGCUCACGAUCUUCACGCGAGUAUGCUGAAAAAGAUAGCGGCACUGGAAGUGCAAGAUGUUCAACAGCCGGGUGCACCGCACACGGCUCAUGGCCAAUUCAACCCUGCGCUCGAGUGUACGAGACUGAGUGAAAUCAACUAUAGAACACGUCCCACACCUAGGAGAUACGCCAAGGACAGCCACGGAAACGACCUCUGA